CCACUGCCACUGCGAGUCAGACUUCAUAGCUCAGCGCAGAACUGAACGGCUAAUAAAACCCUCAAGAUUACUUAAUUUUUAUUAAUUUUGACGAGACCAAAAAGUUUUAUUUUGAAAUCAAUCGGAAGAUUUAAAAUUCUUUAUCUUUAGCUCAAUAUUGAAGGUAGUUUCGGUCUGUCACCUUGCACAUCUGUCUGUCAAAGUACCUCAAAAAUGGCGGAUGAAAGCGAACAGAAACAAACCUGCUCUUUUUCGUUUAAAAAGCGUAAGAACCAAGCGGUUCGACGUCGGAAGAGCAGUGAAGAAAGUGAAGGAAACAGUGAAGAAGAAAAACCCACGGUUGUCAGAAAGGAGAAAAGAUUAAAAACCAACUUGUUGGUUCAAUCGACUGCUAAUGCCUCAAAGAAGAAGAGAGUCAAAGCAUCUGACAGUGAUAACAGCAGUGAUUCUUCAGAUCAUGAAGCUGUGUUAGUCUCGUAUAAAUCGAAGCGAGACACCGGCCCAACUGGCCCAAGUGACAUGGGAGCUACAGCAACUAUAGAAAUUGAAACAGAAAAGGAUCGUGAUGCCCAGGCUCAGUUUGAGCGGGCGUUGGCAAUCAAUAAGAUGGCCGGCGUGGUGAAGGUGCUCCUCGCCGUGGUGCUCCUGGGCACCGCCGUGUCCCUCGCCGCCGACCCCAAGUCGGACCUGGCCGCCGACCGCCUCAUGUGGUCCGCCUACCUGCUGUCCAAGGAGGGCCCGACCGCGGACCUGACGCGGCGCAGGCCGUUCAAUCCUCUCCUGGACCUGGACCCGGUGGGGCUGAUCCAGCACUACGGCUACCCGGCCGAGCGACACCACGUGACCACCGAUGACGGCUACAUCCUGGGCAUCCACCGCAUCCCGGGCUCUGGCUCCAGCCAGCGCGAAGCCGUGCGCCGGCCCGCCGUCAUCCUGGCCCACCCGCUGCUGUCCACGUCGGCCGAGUGGCUGGUGGCCGGCCCCGAGAAGGCGCUGGCCUUCCUGCUGGCCGACGAGGGCUUCGACGUGUGGCUGCUCAACGUGCGCGGCAACACGUACUGCCUGAACCACACGACGCUCAGCCCCCACGACGACGCCUUCUGGGACUUCUCGUUCCACGAGCACGCGGUCCUGGACCUGCCCGCCACGAUCCAGUACGUGGUGCGCGAGACCGGCCAGCAGCAGGUGCAGUACGUGGGCUUCUCCAUGGGCACCACCAUCAUGUUCGUGAUGGCGUCGGAGCGGCCCGACGUCGCCAAGCACGUGACCAUGUUCACGGCGCUCGGCCCGGCCACCGCCCUGGUACACUCCAGGUCGUACGCGUGGCGGGCCCUGGCGCACGCCAGCGGAGCCCUCAAGAGAAUGUCCAGAAUGCUUCACACGCACCGGUUCCUGCCCUCCACGGCCGCGCUGCGCACCGCCGGCGAGGUGUUCUGCUCGGACGGCAGCAUCACUCAGUCCCUGUGCGUGGGGCUCAUCGCCGCGCUGGCCGGCCGCAACGACGCCCAGUUCAACAAGACCAUGCUGCCCUACAUCAUCUCGAGGACGCCCAGCGGCACGUCCUUCAAGAACAUCGACCACUUCGCGCAGUCGCUCAAGCAAGGCUUCCAGCAGUACGACUACGGCCACGCGGAGAACCUGCGCCGCUACGGCAGCGCCGCGCCCCCGAAGUACAACGUGGGCAACGUGAACCUGCCGACGCGGUUGUAUUACGGCAUGAACGACCACCUGGCGGACUGGACGGACGCCCAGAAGCUGUGCUCCGAGCUGCCCAACGUGCUGAGCUGCGACGCCGUCAAGGACCCCCUCUGGACGCACUUGGACUUCGUCUGGGCCAAAGACGUGGUGCCGCUUGUCUACAACAAGCUCAUCGCCGACUUGAAGGAAUCCUCGUUCCCCGUUCGGACGUAGCGCGUCGCGCACUAGCACGGGCCAAAUAUUGAAGUUCCAUUUUCAGUCUGUGAUAUGUUGUCCCUCGUCUCAUCGCGCCUGUAUGUCAUGCGCCUCUUCCAGCGGAUUGACAACGUCCCUUUUAAAUUCCCCAUUGACUCAUGCUGUUGCACUUUAUCGCGAUGGCGGUGCUCGCGUUAUUCGUAUAGAAGACCAAGUACAAGACGCAUAUCUGUGAUUUGAAUAAGUUUGUCUGUGAUCCCACUCUAAUACCCUAAUAUUUAACUCGAUUUUACUGUAGUCUUUUUGUACAAAUUGUGAAUAAAAUAAUUUGCUUCACGGA